AUGACAACUCAGCCCGGUAGUCUUGCGGGAAUCACGAAGUGGCCCAUUAGCCAUGAGGUACCGGAUUUGACUGGCAGGAUUGCUUUGGUCACAGGCGCAAAGUUUGUUAGCUAUGUGUUCUUGUCUACUCUGUUCGCUCUAACAUAUUCCAGCUCUCCAGGAGGAAUGGGCUUCCACACAGCCUACCAGCUGGCCAGUAAAGGCGCGAAGCUGUACAUAGGCGCCCGAAGCGCGUCCAAGGCCCAGUCUGCCAUACAAGAGAUGAGAAAAGAGAACCCGAGCAUCACCGAAGAUCAGCUUGUGCCCUUUGUCGCCGACUUGGGUGAUAUAAAAGCGGUCCGAGAUGCUGGCCGGGCCAUGCUGCAGUCGGAGAGCAGGCUAGAUAUCUUGGUUCACAAUGCUGCCAUGUACCUGAAUAUGUCGCGCCCUCUGCACACAAAACACACUGACAUGCUCUCUAGCAUCUCGAUGCCAGUUGUGAUAAAUCCUGACGGAAUUUCGGUCUCUUUCGCCACCAAUCACUUUGGUCCCUUUGUCUUAACAAAGACGCUUAUGCCUCUCCUGGCACAGGCGGCGGAGAUCACGGGAGAUGCUCGUGUUGUUACGAUCUCGGCAACGGCAUAUAAAUUUCUCCCUCCAGGUAUUCGAUUUGACUCCAUAGAUAGCUUCAACGUCGAAAUGGAGCCUACUACACUUGGCGGUGCAGACUUCACUCGAUAUAGUUUAUCAAAACUGGCGAAUAUUCUAUUUGCAAGGCAGCUCCAGAAGAACUUUGAUGCAGUUAACAUGAAUGCUAUCUCAAUGGCCAUUCAUCCGGGGCUAAUCAAAACAGAUGGAGUCAUUAACUGGCUACCAGCGGAUUACCUCGAGGGUAGGCUGACACCAGCCGAGGGAGUUGUAACAGCACUGUUUGCAGCCACUAGCCCCAAAGUAUUCGCUGAGAGGGAUGUUUACAAGGGCGCGUUCUUGGUCCCUCCGGGUUCUAUAGAAGCGCCUGUUGGCGAUGCCAGGGACGAAAAACUUGCCCAGGAGCUAUGGGAAACUUCUGAGCGCAUUGUGGAAUCUGUGUGUGGCAAGUCUGGAAUGACUGAGCAGUAA